CCAGGAAUUGUAGACGUUCUUACAAAUAAAGUAAUAGCUUGGGAGAAAGAAAGGGGCACUGAGUUUACUUAUGAUGGUGUUAGUCUUUUGUCGAUGCUUGAUGAUUAUAGGAUAGUUCGUGAAGAAAAGGAGCAGGAAAAGAAGAGGCAAAGGGAUCAGAAGAAGCUUGAGGAUCAAUUCAAAGCUGAGCAGGAGAUGCUGUACGGAUCAAAGCCGAGCCCUUCAUCAAGGUCGAACAGCGGGAAGAAGCUUACCAGAAACCCCUCGGCUGGUACAAACCGGAGGCUGUCUGUUGGCGGUGGGCCAGUGCGAACUCCAAAAUCAGUGACACCUCAGUCAAGAUCCGUCCGUUCAGCCAAGAAGACAGAAGAUAGUGGCACUCUGUCCCCUGGUAGUAGAAGCAAAGGCACUGCCAGUCCUCCGAUCAAGAAGUUAUCAUUCAAGGCAAGUACUCUUGGUGAGACUGAAACCCCUCGUAAACCCUUCACGCAGAUCGCACCCGGAAAUAGCAACCCAGCGACGCCCGUGCGGUCUGCCUCCAAUGGUACCGAAGGCGAGAACCGAACUCCCAAGAUACUCGCAGCACCAACUCCCAAGACGCCGAUGAUGGUGACCUCUCCCAUGCAAAUGACCACAACGCCUGCUCUGACUGCUGCACCUGUCUGCGUCUCCAAUGACAAGCCAGAGCUGUGUUUGCUAGAGAGCACCGAGUACUCCUUUGAAGAGAGGCGCCUUGCCUAUCUCGCUGCGCACGCCGCUUGAUUCUCGAGGAAUGCCGGGGAAUGCUGUGUAGGUAACUGAAAGUAUGUCAUCAGGCAUGGCAGGGCCAAUGUUGGGAGAGACGCUUGGCUAAGUUGAUACAGGCACAUAUUAUUCUGAUCAAAGUCACAACCAUAUGUCAUGUUUCUGUUAGUUGGUAACAGAUUUACAUUGCUGCCUUCUGCUGUAGUUCCGCAGAAGAUUUGUUUCGACAGGUCGACGGAGAUGCUUAACUCUAUGUAUCCGCGUUGCUUGUGAUAUUAAACCUACACAACUCAACAUAA